AUGGCGGCCAGCAAAGAAAAGAUAAGCCUGAAGCUUCUGGUCGACAAGCAGCAGUCUCGAGUGGUGAUGGCUGAAUCGGACGAGGAUUUCGUUGACAUCCUGCUAAGUUUUCUGACAAUGCCGACGGGGACCAUCAUCAAACUCGUCGGAAAAGAUUCGUCAUUAGGAUGCAUUGGUAAUUUGUACAAGAGCGUUGAGGGUCUCGACAGCCAGCACUUUGAGACUGAGGCCUGCAAGUCAAUGCUGCUUAAUCCUCUGAAUGCGGCGGGACUCAGCUGCGAGGAUUUAGUAGUUAACGUUGACGAUAAGAUUAACCCAAGAAGGUUCUACACGUGUCCGGAAUCAGAUUGCUGCUCCAAAGCCACCUGUUACUAUAGCUCUGUUCCUAGCGUCCGGUGUUCCUGCGGAAAGGAAAUGAGCUACGCUGGAGAAUGGGAAAAGAAAACCAUGAAUGCAGCUGGAGACGGGGUUUUCGUCAGGGGAGGUCUUAAGUUUAUUGUGAGCGAUGAGCUACGCGUAAUGCCGGCUUCUACAGGGGGUGUUUUAUCUUUGUUCGGCAAGAAAGGGAUAAAAGAUGGCAGCGUACUUGAGGAGAGAAUUAUGGAUAUUGGCCAUGAUGAGUCACUUUUACCAGAGUAUUUGUCAUCAUUAUAUCUCAAAGCCAGAAAUUAUACUCUUUUCACCAUGGCGGCCAGCAAAGAAAAGAUAAGCCUGAAGCUUCUGGUCGACAAGCAGCAGUCUCGAGUGGUGAUGGCUGAAUCGGACGAGGAUUUCGUUGACAUCCUGCUAAGUUUUCUGACAAUGCCGACGGGGACCAUCAUCAAACUCGUCGGAAAAGAUUCGUCAUUAGGAUGCAUUGGUAAUUUGUACAAGAGCGUUGAGGGUCUCGACAGCCAGCACUUUGAGACUGAGGCCUGCAAGUCAAUGCUGCUUAAUCCUCUGAAUGCGGCGGGACUCAGCUGCGAGGAUUUAGUAGUUAACGUUGACGAUAAGAUUAACCCAAGAAGGUUCUACACGUGUCCGGAAUCAGAUUGCUGCUCCAAAGCCACCUGUUACUAUAGCUCUGUUCCUAGCGUCCGGUGUUCCUGCGGAAAGGAAAUGAGCUACGCUGGAGAAUGGGAAAAGAAAACCAUGAAUGCAGCUGGAGACGGGGUUUUCGUCAGGGGAGGUCUUAAGUUUAUUGUGAGCGAUGAGCUACGCGUAAUGCCGGCUUCUACAGGGGGUGUUUUAUCUUUGUUCGGCAAGAAAGGGAUAAAAGAUGGCAGCGUACUUGAGGAGAGAAUUAUGGAUAUUGGCCAUGAUGAGGUCUUAAAUUUGCUGCGAAGAACGUUGAUUUCCAAUACACCCCUGACUGACUUGUUCUUUAAAAAAUCUUCCAUGAACGAGGGAGACCUGCCAAAUAGGGAUGGUAUGUUUCAACUGGUCCCUAAAUGUGAAGGCCAUGAUGAAAAUUCGGACUGUGAAGAAAUGAAGGUAAAACUACUACGGACAAAAUAUAAUGGUAGGUUUGUUCACAUGGAGUGUGAUGAAAAGGUAGUGGAACUUCUGUUCAGUUUCCUCACCUUACCCGUUGGGGCCGUUAUUAAAUUUCUUGGCAAGAAUUCAUCCAUGGGUUGUUUUGAUAACUUGUAUGAAAGCGUCGAGACGGCUAAAGAUUGA